GAAACGUUCGAUGAAAAAUCCGGGCGGUUGCAGUUCGAUUUAUUAAUUCAUAGUGAUCGCGAUGUUUGACGUCACGCGUUCUCGUACACCAAGACGCUUCAAUUGCUCCGCGACUCGAUUAAAAUUUUUCUCCCCCUCCGUAUACACGACUCGUGAUGUUCUCGUUUCGUCGACAAAUAACGUACCAUCCCACAACUAUAAUACUACGAGAAAUAUUCAUCAAAUUGUCUUUAUCGUUCUGCGCCAACGGGUCCUCAGACGGUCUCGGGCUGACUCACAAAUUAUUGCGUGGCCUCAUCAGCAUACGAAUCAACUACGACGGACUGUGAUAAUUUAUAAGGAAAAACUAUAAAAACCGUAGAUUCCUACAAAUUUCCACAUUCUACUGUGAAACGGAAGUAGAUUUGAAUAAAAAGUUUCCCAUCACCGGAAAUUCAAUGAAAAUAGGAGACGAUGAGUUAUCAAAAAACGUCUCGAUCGCUGAGAGUGUCGCGGAAAAUGCCGUCAAUCAAGCAGGGUUUGGUAAGUUUAAUUACAAAAUCAUGGCAGUUUGUGGCCUGAUGUACUUCAACUAUGGAUUCGGUAUAAGCAGUCUGGGGAUCGUGAUGCCUUCGGCUGCCUGUGACUUCGAAAUGACGACUGUCGACAAGAGUCGACUCAGUGUUUCGGCAGCUCUCGGAAUGUUGUGCGGCGCUUAUUUCUGGGGUUGCACCGCGGACAUUAAGGGUCGUAAAUUCACACUUAUCGCUGCGCUAAUGUUGCACGGAGGUUUCGAUGGUAUGUCCGCUGUAGUGUCGAAUUAUUGGCUUUUUGUAGCGACGAAAUUCUUCAGCGGUCUUGGCAUGAGCGGAGAAUUAGCGGUUGUUUUCCCUUAUCUCGGAGAGUUUCAGCCAACGCAUCUUCGUGAUAGAAUUUUAACGUGGAUGGAACUAGCCUGGGUAUUUGGCUUCACUGUCGUUCCUGCAAUAGCUUGGGGUAUAAUUCCCUUGAACUUUGGAUAUCACACGACGUAUUUUUUUUUCAACUCGUGGAACCUCUUCAUGCUCCUGUGCUCGAUACCCUCCAUACUAAUUGCCGUACAGCUGUAUUGUCUCCCGGAGACGCCGAAGUAUCUCGCUGAGAGUGGACAGUACGCCGAACUUUUGAACGUCCUCGAGAGAAUGUUCUCGGAUAACACUGGAGCGCCUGUUGGAGAGUACGCAAUAAAAAUCUCGAAAAUGGGAGAUUCCACUCUCGACGAGCUGAUAAGUCUUGCUCGAUCCACAGAAACGAAGAGGAAAAAUAGGAGAACCGUGGCUGACAAAAUCGCAAGCUUUCGCAACCAAACUGUAAUGAUGUUCAGGCCACCUUAUCUCAUCACUACGCUAAUUAUUGGCACGGUGAUGAUGUGCUUAAUGUCAUCGUAUUUCACUCUGGUCAUGUGGUUGCCCGAAGUAUUCAACAGAUUUGCUACUUUCGAAUCACGUUAUCCGGGGGAGGUAGCAAACAUUUGCUCAAUUACGGAUAGACUGCGACAAAACACGACCAAUCUCUUGACGUCCGGUUUGGAUUCGCAAAAUGAGACAAUGGCUUGUGAGAUUGGUAUACAAACGGACGUUUACCUGCACUCGAUAAUACUUGGCAUAACAUCUGUGCCCACUGCCAUAUGGUUACCCCUGUUCGUUGAACGCUUGGGUUACGUAUUUCACUUGGUAUUGGGAUCGUUCAUUUGCACCGCAGUGAUUUGUGGUCUCUUUUUUGUAACCACAUCUGUACAAAACCUCGUAUUAGCAUGCGUCUUCGAAGCUAUCGCAUCGAUUUGCAUUACUGCAGUUCUCUGCAUGCUGGUCGAACUUUAUCCAACGAAUCUUAGGGUCAUGGCGGCCGCUUUCGCGACGUUUAUCGGACGAGUCGGAUGUUUCGCAGGCAGCGGUCUCUUCGGAUAUCUCAUCGAUGAUUACUGCAUUCCUCUAAUCUCCAUUAUAGCCGGUCAAUUCUUCCUAAGUGGAGUACUGUGUUUGUUCAUCCCACUAAAGUCCAAACGGCAGAAUCGUAGCGAAACGAGCAAGCCGUGAAAGGAAGAAAAUAGUGCAAUCAAUUUUGUUGCCGCGUGUAUGUAAUGGCGGCUUGUUUGAAACGGUCUCAUAAUCUCAUACAUUCCAAUGGCAACAAUCUAUCAAAAAAACGACGUGCUCAGCGACGGAGAAAAAUUUUCUCCGUUUUAUUUAUAACUACGAUGUUUUCGGGAACGUGCACCGAGAAUGUUGAAGAAUGUAUUGAAAAACGUAUUUUACUGGAAUGAACCACGUGGCACAGCAACGACAGUUAGUCGAUCGGUUGGUCCAUUGAUUAUUUUAUAAAUGAUGAAGUGAGAUGUACACACCACGUAUUUGAAAUAAAAAAUAGAAUUAAAAAGACAAAAAAUCCGGUUCGUCCCAUUCGGCAUCGUCGAAUCUUAAAAAUCCUCCGUAGAUUUGUUUUUCUGAGGCUUUUUAGGCUUUUUAUGGUGAACCAAUUGUGAAAGAAAAAACGAAGGAAAGUUUCAGUUUUUGAAAGAUCGAGACAGGAAACGUAUCUGUGGAAAGUUUGAAGUCGAAUUCAGGUGAAGUUUUGCAUCUCGUUUCAUCAUAGAUCGAUCAGUACGAAAUUACGAAUUCAACCCUCAAAAGCCAAUUACUGUAGUAUCACAAAUGAAUGUCGAACGAAAUUGAACAACCAAAUGAUAAUAAUGUGCUGCAAAGCUUUCUCGAUCAAUGAA